GUGAGUACAAACAUUCCAAGUUAAAUCCAGAUGUUGUGGGAUGCUAUAAACGGCAGCACUGCUUCCUCUUUCUCAUUUACAUUUUCUUUCACAAAGUCAUAAUCUGUGGCCUUUCCGAUACGGGGCUGAAAGUUUGGCGUUGCCUUGGUAACGAAACGUCUUCCAGGUCUCCGAGGCGGCUGAGGCAGCGCACCUUCCCUGAGGUAAACAUCGUGCUCCAGAGGCAUAUUUCCGGAUAUAUUUCAGUUAUGGAGCAGUGUCCCGAUGGCUUUUCCUCAGCAUCAUCUUUUGAAGCGUUGUGUAGCUUGCUUAACAAUGCUGAAGAAGAGGAUGAAAAUGAAGACGGUGACUGUGACGAGGGGACAUCCUCUGCGUCUGGAGGAAAGAAGGGACUUUCCUCAUCCUCAGUGGUUAAUCCAGGAAAUAUUGGACAUUUAGGAUCAGAAAAAAAAGUGAGCAGUGCAUUACAAAAAGACAGAGGCACCAAGGAGAUAUGGAAUGUUUUGGAAGUUCCAGAUGGGUUAGAAUGUGAUGACUCUUUGGACCCAAGAGUACAGCCUGAAUAUGAAAUACUUUAUAAGCAGAGAGUUGGAAGUGAAGAUAUAUUUUUGGGAAUGAGUCGAAAAGACCCAUCAACAGCAUGCUGUGAGGAUAUGGUGGUUAAAAUCCAGCUCCCUAACACAAAAGCCUCUGAUCUGUCACUUGAUAUAAGGAGAAAGUUCAUAGAUCUUCGUACUCCAAAAUAUAAACUGGGAUUACACCUUCCCCAUCCUAUAAAUGAAAACACUGGGAAGGCACAGUUUAAAGUGGACACAGAAACUCUGGAAGUGACUCUCUCUUUGGCCAGGGACUUUUUCAGCUUUUCAUGACUCCUUAAUAAUUUGUUGUUUUAUAUAACAGUUUUAAACUCAAUAUAUGUUUAUCACAUUAUUAAAAGUAUUGUAGAAAAAUCAUUAAUGUUUUUGUGUUACUGUAAACUGUAAUAAUAAUAAAAUACCUAAUUGAG